CUACAUGUGGAGGAUAUGCAUCUUUAAUAUACAACAUGUAACUUUUUCUUGAAUAGUGGGAAAAGAUGGAGCUACAGGUGGAGAAUCAGAGUCAGUCUUUCAACACCAACACCGUGAGGCUGCCGGCGAAACACAUACUGGGGAUGGGUGUAGAUAACUUUAUUUCUCUUCUGAUAUUUGGACUUAUUUUCAUCCUCGGUGUGCUUGGGAACACCAUGGUGAUCACGGUGCUGGCGCGCAGCAAACCGGGACAACCGAGGAGCACAACCAACAUCUUCAUCCUCAACCUGAGCGUGGCGGACCUGUCCUACCUCCUCUUCUGCGUCCCCUUCCAGUCCACCAUCUACAUGCUGCCCACAUGGGUGCUGGGGGCUUUCAUCUGCAAGUUUAUCCACUAUUUCUUCACCGUGUCCAUGCUGGUCAGUAUUUUCACUCUGUCGGCGAUGUCCGUGGACCGCUACGUGGCCAUCGUCCACGCCAGGAAAUCCUCGUCGAUCCGGGUGGUGAGGCACGCCAUGCUCGGAGUGGUGCUGAUCUGGAUCCUGUCUCUGGUCAUGGCAUCUCCCGUUGCGCACUACCAGAACAUCGUGGAGCGGGACGAGAACAACACCUACUGCUGGGAGGUUUGGCCGGAACACCAGAGGAAAGUCUACGUGAUGUGCACCUUUGUUUUCGGAUACCUCCUGCCUCUCACUCUGAUAUCUGUCUGCUAUGCAAAGGUUUUAAACCAUCUGCACAAAAAGCUGAAGAAUGUCUCCAAAAAAUCUGAGCUCUCCAAAAAGAAGACUGCUCAGACAGUCCUGGUUGUGGUCGUGGUCUUCUGUCUGUCCUGGUUGCCUCACCACGUCGUCCACCUGUGGGUGGAGUUUGGCUCCUUCCCCCUCAACCAGGCCUCCUUCGUGUUCAGGAUGGUGGCUCACUGCUUGGCCUACAGCAACUCCUCCGUCAACCCCAUCAUCUACGCGUUCCUGUCGGAGAACUUCAGGAAUUCCUACAAGCAGGUUUUCUGGUGCCGGGUGCCCAGCAAGUGUCCUGUGAACGACAACAGGGACCUACGCAGCAGAGUGGAGACGGCACCAUCCACCAAUAUCAGCUUGACUUGCAAAGGUCAUGACUCUCAGACCAGUAAAAUGCUUUGA